AUGGCUUCCAGGGAUCACAAUGUCGAGGAGCGUCAAGUGAACGCCACCGUUCGACAGUCGCUUCAGGAUGAGGUGGCCGCCGAAAAACAAGCGGCAAUGCAUACUGAGAACUUUCAUGAAGCGGCUGAGCGAGGCCACGUCGCCACCGACAAAUACGGCCACUCUCUCGUCACCUUCGAUCCAGAGGCCGAACGGAAGCUUCGGUGGAAGAUCGACCUCUACAUUGUCCCCACUGUCGCCCUGUUAUACCUCUUUUGCUUCAUUGACCGGGCCAACAUUGGCAACGCAAGACUCGCCGGCCUAGAGAAAGAUCUCAACCUCAAAGGCUACGAUUACAACACGCUGCUCUCCGUCUUCUACGUCAGCUAUAUCAUCUUCGAGCUGCCCUGCAAUAUGGCGUGCAAAUGGAUGGGCCCUGGCUGGUUCAUCCCAGCCACUUCACUCGCAUUCGGCGUCUUUUCAGUGUGUACGGCCUUUGUACACCAUCUGGGGGCAGCCUGCGGUGUCCGGUUUCUGCUAGGACUGGCCGAAGCCGGUAUGCUCCCGGGAAUCGCUUACUACAUGUCACGAUGGUACCGUCGCAGCGAGUUGGCCUUCAGAUUGUCGCUUUACAUUGUCAUGGCGCCCCUCGCAGGCGCAUUCGGAGGUCUUCUGGCUUCCGCCAUCCUCAAGCUUGACCACUUCGGCGGUCUGCACCAAUGGCGAAUGAUCUUCGCCAUCGAAGGCAUCAUAACCUGCGGGCUGGCGGUGAUCAGCUUUUUCACGUUGACUGACCGCCCAGAAACCGCUCGCUGGCUCUCCCAAGAAGAGAAAGACCUUGCAAUCGCACGAGUCAAGUCGGAGCGUGUCGCUACCUCGGAGGUAAUUGACAAGAUUGACACCCCUAAAGUCGUCCGCGGCAUAUUCAGUCCUGUCACACUCUCGACAUCGUUCAUCUUCCUGCUCGACAACAUCACCGUGCAAGGCCUUGCCUUCUUCGCACCAACAAUCGUCAAGACCAUCUAUCCGAACAACUCUGUCGUGUCACAACAACUGCACACUGUGCCGCCCUAUAUCGUCGGAGCAUUCUUUGUGCUCCUCCUGCCCUUCCUCUCGUGGCGCUUCGAUAGACGCAUCAUCUUCUUCAUCCUGUCCACGCCUAUGAUGAUGGUGGGCUACAUCAUGUUCUUGGCAUCCUCGAACUCACGCGUCCGCUAUGGCGCCACGUUCCUGAUCGCGUCGGGUGCGUUUCCCUACGGUGCGCUCUGCAAUGCACAAGUCUCGGCCAACGUUGUCAGCGACACCGCACGAUCCGCCGCGAUUGGCGUGAAUGUCAUGUUUGGGAACAUCGGCGGCCUGAUCUCGACCUGGAGUUUCUUGCCUUUCGACGGGCCGGAUUACCACAUCGGCAAUGGCUUGAAUUUGGCCACCAGCUCGACGAUCUUGAUCUGUUCUUUCCUGCUGUUGUUCUGGAUGAUGGCCGACAACAAGCGCAGGGAUGGCAAGGAUAUUGACAGCGAGCUGGAUGGGUUGUCGUUGAAGCAAGUGCAGGAUCUGGACUGGAAACAUCCUGGAUUCAGGUGGAAGCCGUAA